GUGUUGCCUAGGUGAUUGAUGGUCAACAAUGGAUUGGGAUCUCAAAUCUGUCCUGAAAUCGAAGGCCUCCAUUAAGAAGGGCAGGCGAUCGAAUGCUGAAGGAAGCUCCAAGAAGGAAGAAACUACCAGUUCUCCGGUGACAGAGGAGAAAGACUCAAUUCUGGAUAAUGACUUCGAUAUACCGCUCGAGAGGCCGCCUCAGAGGGCACGAAAAAUUGGAGGCUGGGCAGAAGAGCCUCAAAAGAGUGGAAAGAAUCGAACGUCUACAAAUCUCAUUGAACAGGAAAGAUUCCAGCAGUCCAACUCUCCUGAAAAUCCAGAAGAUGAGAUUCCAACAAUUCCUGAUCUGGAUGAUAUUCAGGAUGACAUUCUUCUCAAUGAUAUCGCCCCAUCGCAUUCGAUUUCCGUAAAGAUGGCUGCAACUUACAAGGCUUUAAACUCAGACAUGGUCAAAUUAGGAAACCUGACGUCUCUGGAGGACGUCGAUCUCAGUCCACUGACCAAGUGCCUACAAAUGGAAGCAACAGAGGAACCCGAUGAACCUUGGUACUGGGAGGAGCUCUUUACCUCCGUGACAACUGAAAUAAAUUCCAGCAAAUCCUCCGGAAAAGCCAUAAGCCCAUUCUUGCAUUGAUUGAUCAAAAAUAAAGAAAACUUCAA